CGCACUUCCGGCGGAUGUAGGGGGGGCAGCCCCGGAAACGGAAGCGAGCGGCGGGGCCGGCUGACGGUAACGGGCUGAGAGCGUGUUGGCAGAGCGGGUUGAAGAUGAAUGCCAGAGGACUUGGCUCUCAGCUAAAGGACAGUAUUCCAGUGACUGAACUUUCAGCAAGUGGACCUUUUGAAAGUCAUGAUCUUCUUCGAAAAGGUUUUUCUUGUGUGAAAAAUGAACUUUUGCCGAGUCAUCCUCUUGAAUUAUCAGAAAAAAAUUUCCAGCUCAACCAAGAUAAAAUGAAUUUUUCCACGCUGAGAAACAUCCAGGGUCUAUUUGCUCCACUAAAAUUGCAAAUGGAAUUCAAGGCCGUACAGCAGGUUCAGCGUCUACCGUUUCUUCCAAGCUCAAAUCUUUCACUGGAUAUUUUGAGGGGUAAUGAUGAGACUAUUGGAUUUGAAGAUAUUCUUAAUGACCCGGCACAGAGUGAACUAAUGGGAGAACCACACUUGAUGGUGGAAUAUAAACUCGGUUUACUGUAACGCAGCGUGUGCCGUUCGUGAAAAGAGUGGGGCUGUAUCUUGUUUAUAGUUGUCUUUUUACUGUAAUUUGAUGUACACAACAUUAAACGUACUGACACAUGA